AUGUUGAAUUUAGAUAGAAUUCCUGACCAGGUGGGAUACUUGAUAAUGGCAGAGGACGGUGCUGUUAUUUCUUCAGGAGGAGAAUUGGAAAAUAAUGAACGUAUUGCAGAUAUCAUCAGUGGUUUAAUAUCAUUGACUGAUAAUGUGGACCUUUCCGCUUUUCAAUUAGCAGAAGGUUUCAAGCGCAUCUCUGUGACUUACGAUGAAUUUGCGUAUGUUAUAUGCCUGUCAAAUAAGAAAGUUCAUGUAGUGAAACGUCGAUUGGUUCCUAGUGGUAGUGCAGAAGUGGCAUUGGCCUGA